AUGUACACAAACCCCAUAAUCUCAGGCUCAAACCCAGACCCAUCCAUAAUCCGCGUCGGACCGGACUACUUCCUCGUAACAUCCACCUUCGAAUACACCCCAGGAGCACCAAUCUACCACAGCAAGGACCUGAUAAAAUGGACCCUCAUCGGCCACGCACUAACCCGGCCAUCGCAGCUGCAGAUCCAGACACCAGAGCCCGGGGGUGGGGUCUGGGCGACGACGAUUAGAUACCACCAGGGGGUGUUUUAUAUUGUUUCCUCGGCGUUUACGCGGUAUCGCCCGCAGGACGAUGACAGGGUUUGGCCGAGGGGGUUUUAUGUCAAGACGCAGGAUAUUUGGGAUGAAGCGAGUUGGAGUGACCCUGUUUGGUUUGAUGCUGUGGGGUUUGAUCAGGAUCUCUUCUUCGACACCGAUGGUACGGUCUAUCUAAGCAGUACAUACCGCACACACACCCGAACACCUGUCGCAGCCGGCAGCAAACAACUAAAAGACUUCGGUAUCCAUAUCUGCACCGUCGACCUCGAAACCGGAACACCGACUUCAAAACCAAAACUGAUCCGCUCCUCAAAUUCCGGCGUUUCAGAGGGGUCGCAUAUCUUCAAGCGCGGGAAAUACUACUACCUCUUCACAGCAGAGGGUGGGACCGAGUCGGGACACUGCGAGUGGGUUUUCCGCAGCGAAGACGGGCCGUUUGGACCAUGGGUGCCUGGACCGGUGAAUCCACUUUGGAGGAAUGGGGUGAAUGAUGAGAUUCAGAAUACGGGGCAUGCGGACUUUGUUGUUGAUGAGGGGGACCGCUGGUGGGGGGUGUUUUUGGGGGUGAGGCCUGUUUGGAGGGAGAUGGAGGGCAGGUGGGAGGAGAGUGUUUUUGGAAGAGAAACGUUCCUCGUCCCCGUUGACUGGGUCGACGACUGGCCGGUUGUAAACGCCGGGAAGAAAAUAACCCUACACAGCAACUCGCCUCAUCUCUACGAGUACUCGCCGCCUGUUGAAUGGCGCGACGACUUUAGCUCUCCGACCAUGCAAUUGGGCUGGUAUAGGAAGAACACGCCGGUGAAGAAGGAUUACAGCCUCCUUUCCACUCUACCUGGUAAUAACAAGGGCGGACUGCGUCUCCACGGCGCUCCAUAUACUCUCUCGACGCCUGCCUGUCCGACACUGUUCCUGCGCAAGCAAACGCAUAGAUUCUGUGUUUGGGAGACUAGGUUGAAGUUCGUUCCUGACUCGGUGAAUGUCGAGGCUGGGACGGCGGUAUAUUUGAAUUAUUAUACGCAUGUUAGUAUCGGGGUCCGGUUACUCCCUGCUUCAGAAUCCGGUUUGAAUGGCGGGAAGAGAAUCAUCCGGUUUACGCCUACAAAUACGGGACCUGAAACUCAGGGUGUGGAUGUCCCGCUGGUUUCGCCGGAUAGUGAUGUGGUGCUACGGAUUGAAUGUGGCGAUGCGUAUCGGUUUGGAUUCCGGGAAGUGUUGCGCGCUGCAGAUGCAGGUUUAGAGAUGCACUGGGUUGGAGAGGUGAGGAAUAGAGACCUUGUUGAAGCACCGCUGCCUGUUGGAGCGCCCUUUACGGGGAUCAUGCUGGGGCUUUAUUCGUGUGGUGAUCGGGAAGCAGUUCUUGCUCCGGCGGAUUUUGCUUCUGCUGAAGUAACUGGAUUGGAUUAA